CGGACUUGUAAGUAGCGUGUACAAGUUGUGUACAGGGCUUCCUAUUUCGUCGUGCGAGUAUCCUUAUUGCUUCCGCGAUCAACCAGUAGUUUCCCCACAAUAUUUCAUCCCAACGACAGUCCACAAUACGCUAGCACCCCCAAUUGCCAAAUCCUCCAGCCAUGAAGCCAGAAGGCCAAACACCCCUUCUCGCGCCCUACGGAGCUGGUGGCCCAACGUACACGGCUCGCUCGAGGCUUAGCAGAUCAUUCGUCACCGUCCUUCCGUUUGCGCUUGCUGCUAUCUUGGGAUACAUCACAUACAUCGCCGACCGUCAUGGUGCUAUGCACCACGCUCCUGCUGCUUCUCUGGAUAACCGAGUUGCCAAACUACCAGUGAUGGGCUAUAACACUUGGAAUGCCUACCAUUGUGACAUAGACGAAGGUCUCAUCUUGCAAACCGCAGAGCUCAUGAAAUCGCUCAACUUAGCGGACGCUGGGUAUACUCAUGUCAACAUUGAUGAUUGUUAUUCAGAGAGAAUCCGAAACGACGACGGAGAUAUUGUUGAAGACGCAACGAAGUUUCCGUCUGGAAUGAAGGCCCUCACAGACAAGAUCCAUGACCUUGGACUGAAAGCUGGCAUUUACAGUGAUUCGGGUUGGUUCACAUGCCAGCUGUACCCUGGCUCAUACCAGAACGAAGCAAGAGACGCAAAACGCUUCCUCGACUGGGGUUUUGACUACCUCAAAUAUGAUAAUUGUGCUGUUCCAUUCGACAACAUCACUCGGGAGAAUAUCAUGGGAAGAUACGAACCUAUGGCAAACGCCAUUGCCGAUCUUUCACGGUCGUCUGGAACACCACCCUUGAUUUUGUCCAUGUGCCAGUGGGGAAGAGAGCAAGGUUGGAUGUGGGCCCGCAGGUAUGGGCAAAGUUGGAGGACGACUGACGACAUUGAACCGCACUGGCAAUCAAUCACCAAGAUAUUAAACCAAAACUCGUUCUAUACUUGGGCAACUGAUUUCUACGGCCAUAAUGACAUGGAUAUCCUUGAAGUUGGUAACGGCCCCCUAACAUACGAUGAAGCGAAGUCCCAUUUUACUGCGUGGGCGCUCUUGAAGUCACCUCUACUUAUCGGCACUGAUCUCGCUUCUGCUACCAAAGAAACCCUUGAGAUUCUGACCAAUCCAGAAAUCAUUGCGAUUCAUCAAGACCCGGUCGUAGGCACUAGUAUCGGACCAUUCCGAUGGGGCAUCAAUCCUGAUUGGGUCAGCAACAACACUCAUCCCGCGCAAUACUGGAGCGGGGAGAGCCAGAACGGGACGGUAUUUAUGCUGUUGAACACGCUUGACGAGCCCGCCGACAUGUUCUUCAGGCUGACCGAAUCUCCGUGGAUCCGAGCUGGUAGACAGUACACUGUCCGAGACCUUUGGACACAUACAGACAACGGCACUGCGAUUCGCAACUUCACAGCUUACGCUGUUCCGCCGCAUGGUGUUGUGGCGUUACUCCUUCAAGACGCGGAUAAUGAGCCGGAUGGCCUGUGGCCGCCCUGUGCUGUGUUGGAAUGGUGCAUGCAUUCUAACGGGACUCGCAUCGAUCAGUGAACGCUGAGGCCUUUUCAUCUUUCAAGUGAUGUACAUAAGUCUUGUAUCACCAUUACGCCCUUAUUUGUUGACAAAAAUUUAUCGGAACUUGCAUCAUGGACAGCGGGCAACAGGAAC